GACCAUAUAUAAAGUAGAACCAAACAGCGCGAAUCCAACAAAGUCCAAUCAACCAUGAAGAGGAUUAUUCUGGUGCUGGCCCUUGCCCUGGCUGCUGCUGUCUCGGCCAUAAACCUUGAGGAGAGGUUCCACGAUGUGGAAGCGGACAUAGAUGUCGGCAUGGACACAGACAUGGAUAUUGAUAUGGACUUUGCCAUGGACUUUGCCAUUGACUUUGCCAAGGAACUCGAUUUGAGCGAAGAUGUGGAGAUCGAUCAGUUUGGUUUGGUCGACAAAAUGGUGCAUGCCGCCAUCUCAGAGGCCGAAUACUUGGCCGGGGGCAUUGUCAAGAUGGUGGAGCAUCAACUGCUGCAGAUCUUCCUGUCUCCGUUCAAGAAGCUGGAGCAGGCGGCUACCGACAUCAAAAACCGGGCUGUGGACAGCGAGGCGUGUGUGUCCAAUGAGGCUGUCCAUGUGGCCACCACCCUGGAGUCGGCAACAUUGGGCUUUCUAAACUGUGGACGCGAUGCCACCGUCACCUCUGUUAACUUGAUACUCGACACAAAGCGUGCCGUUGUGCAGCUAACCUUCGAUGGCUACUCCCUGAUCCGCCAGGUGCAGUCAUGCCGCAAAACCACGCUCAGUUGGCUUAGGAAAAUGUGCAGGACCCGUCUGUACAUCAAUGGUUGCAUCUAUGCCGUGAAUGCCCAGAGAUCGAUACGCCAUUUGAUAGCUCUACGUCGCACGGUACCCGCCGUCGCCACCGAUGCCACCAGCUGUACCUCGUCCGCCACAGAGAACGCUCUUUUCGGUUUUGCCGAGAUCAAUGCCAACAUCGAUACCUGCAUCGAUACAAUGAUUCACUAAGUUUUCGCAAAUUAAAAGUAUCAAUAAAUGAAUGCAGUGCAAACA